AUGGAUUCCUAUGACGACGAAGUGCGUAUUCAUAUGGAUCCAUUUGAAGAACAACAACGGAUACUCGUUCAGGCGCUUCAACAAAUUCAUGAUGAGUCAGAUGAAGAUAAAGAACUAAGCAACAAUUUGCUGCAUCUAUAUUCAUCGGGGAAAAUACCUAGAGAUCCAGAGCCAAGAGAAGUGUUCACAAGAAGAUAUACGUACAGGUGUCGGGAUGAAUGGCACCAGAAGCUGAUGCACGAUUAUUUUCUACCCAAUUGUGUGUUCUCUAAUGAAAAUUUCCAAAGCCGGUUUCGCAUGCCCCGACAUUUGGUGCUAAGGAUUAUUGGUGAGCUUUGUCAGAGAGCUAUUAAAGACAAAUCAAGAAAGGGGAUAUUCCCUGGAAUGCUGGGUAGUCUUGACUGCAUGCGUUGGGUAUGGACAGGGUGCCCUAGCUAUUGUGCCGGUCAGUAUAAGGGUCACCACACAAAACCAACGGUUAUACUUGAGGUUGCUGCUUCUUAUGAUUGUUGGAUAUGGCACGCUUUUUUUGGCCUCUCGGGAUCUCAGAACGAUAUCAAUGUCUUACAGAAAUCGCCUUUGUUUGAAGAUUUAAAGUAUGGAAUUUCACCUCAGCCACCUUCGAGGGAAAUGGAACGUUCAUAUUCAUAUUUCAAUAGUAGACAAAUGGAUCUGAGAAAGGAUGUGGAACGAGCUUUUGGAAUUCUCAAACAGAAAUUCGCCAUCGAAACCCGUCGUAAUAAGGAUUGGACUAACCAUGCAUAUGAAGAUUUAAGGCCCGAGGUUCAACCAGAAAGAGGAAGCCGCAAGGGACUAUGCGCAAAUAACAAGUCACAUUGA